AUGAGCUCAUUAAAGCAGUUCAUACGCAACGUUCGCGCCGCCAAGACUAUCGCAGACGAACGAGCGGUCAUCCAAAAGGAGAGUGCCGCCAUUCGCGCCAGCUUCCGCGAAGAGAGCGCUGAUCACGGCGUCAGGCGUAACAAUGUUGCUAAACUUCUAUACCUCUUCACCCUUGGCGAGCGCACACACUUCGGCCAGAUCGAGUGUCUGAAGCUCCUGGCGUCUCCCCGCUUCGCGGACAAGCGCCUGGGUCACCUUGCCACGAGCUUGCUCCUCGACGAGAACCAGGAGGUGCUCACGUUGGUGACGAACUCUUUAAAGAAUGACCUUGGCCACUCCAACCAAUAUAUAGUCGGGCUCGCCCUCUGCACACUCGGAAACAUCGCGUCAGUCGAAAUGUCCCGCGAUCUUUUCCCCGAAAUCGAGACGCUCAUCUCCACAUCCAACCCGUACAUUCGAAGAAAAGCAGCGCUUUGUGCCAUGCGGAUAUGCCGCAAAGUUCCAGACUUGCAGGAGCAUUUCCUGGAGAAAGCCGCCCACCUUCUGGCCGACAGAAAUCAUGGCGUACUUCUCUGUGGUCUUACUCUGGUAACUAGUCUUUGCGAGGCGGACGAGGAGGAAGGUGGAGAGGAGGGCAUCGUCGAAAAGUUCAGGCAAUUCGUUCCCGGCUUGGUCAAGACCCUCAAGGGCCUAUCGACCUCGGGCUACGCCCCGGAGCAUGAUGUCACCGGCAUCACAGACCCGUUCCUUCAAGUCAAGAUCCUCCGGUUGCUUCGUGUGCUCGCAGUAGGGGAUGCACACACAAGUGAGCAGAUCAACGACAUUCUUGCGCAGGUCGCAACAAACACGGACUCGUCCAAGAACGUUGGCAACUCUAUUCUCUACGAGGCUGUUCUCACGAUCCUCGACAUCGAGGCUGACUCAGGUCUGAGGGUCCUCGGCGUGAAUAUCCUGGGCAAGUUCCUCACCAACAGAGACAACAACAUCCGCUACGUCGCCCUGAACACACUCAUCAAGGUCGUCGCCAUCGAACCCAAUGCUGUCCAGAGACACCGGAAUACGAUCUUGGAAUGUCUACGAGACCCCGACAUCAGCAUCAGGAGAAGGGCGCUUGAGCUCAGUUUUACGCUCAUCAACGAGAGUAACGUCCGAGUUCUCAUUCGGGAGCUGCUUGCGUUCCUCGAAGUUGCCGACAAUGAAUUCAAGCCCACCAUGACCAGCCAGAUUGGCAUUGCGGCGGACAAGUUUGCACCCAACAAGAGGUGGCAUUUUGACACGAUGCUGCGGGUUCUCUCACUGGCGGGCAACUAUGUCAAGGAGCAGAUCCUGUCUUCAUUUGUCCGCUUGAUCGCGACAACCUCAGAGCUCCAGACGUACGCCGUUCAGAAGCUCUACACCAACCUCAAGAAAGACAUUACUCAGGAGAGUUUGACGCAGGCCGGGGCCUGGUGUGUGGGCGAGUAUGCCGAUGCGCUACUCAAGGGUGGGCAGUACGAGGCAGAGGAGCUCGUUCAAGAGGUCAAGGAGAGUGAUAUUGUCGAUUUGUUCACGCUCAUACUCAACAGCAGCUAUGCCACCCAAGUCUCCACCGAGUAUAUCGUCACGGCGCUCAUGAAACUCACCACGAGGUUCACGGACGCGGCGCAGGUUGAGCGGGUCCGCCGCAUCUUGCAGACGCACCUGACGAGCUUGGACGUUGAGGUGCAGCAGCGAGCUGUCGAGUAUAGCAACCUCUUCUCAUUCGACCAAAUUCGCCGUGGUGUGCUGGAGAAAAUGCCGCCACCACAGAUCAAGGAGGAGUCCAGGGUCCUAGGCCCCGCGCCGACUAAGAAGGCAAAGGCUGCGAACCGGAAAUCCAGGGUCAUCAAGCCCACCGAGCAGGAUCUGCUCGAUAUUAUGGACGCCCCAGCGACUGCUCAGGCCACGAACGGCUCCCAAGCUACAAACUCCGAUCUUCUCGCUGACAUUCUGGGAGGCGGCGGCGCGCCACCCUCGGGCUCGGGCCCGGCGUCACCUGUGCCACAGCAGUCGAACAUGUCGUCUAUCAUGGACCUCUUCGGCCCCAGCCCUGGGCAGUCCUCGCCGUCGCCUGCUGCCGUCCCGGCUGGCCUCGAUGCCCUAGGCUCUGCCGCUACUCCUCCGCCUCAACAGCAGCAGCACGCGACACCACAGCCAAGCGGAAUCCCUUGUUACGACUCCAACGACCUGAACGUGACCUUCCAGGUCCAGCGUAACGCCGAGGGGACGAUACAAGCCACGGCGAGGUUUCAAAACACGUCGGGCUCCUCGACAUUGUCGAAUGUGAGCCUCCAGGCUGCAGUGCCCAAGUCUCAAAAGCUGCAGCUCCUCGGAAUCUCGUCCACAGUGCUCGCACCCGGUGCCGUGGCCACACAGAUGAUGCGAGUGACUGGCUGCAAAGGACAACUCCGACUGCGCCUGCGUAUUGGAUACACGCACCCCACGGCAGGUCAGGUGUUGGACCAAGUGAACUGGACUGAGCCGUCGUGA